AGCUAAGUUGUGUCCCAUUGGAAAAGACCUUGAUGCUGGGAACGAUUGAUGGCAGGAGGAGAGGGGGUUGACAGAGGAUGAGAUGGCUGGAUGGCAUCACCAACUCAAUGAACAUGAGUUUGAGCAAACCCCAGGAGAUACUGAAGGACACGGAAGCCUGGCGUGCUGCAGUUAGCAACUGAACAAGGCCUUUUUACCAUAGCAGCAUCGUCCAUCUCAGGAGCUCCCUGGAGCAUCAAGAACUCAGAAGAAAUCUUGUUAGACACAGACCUCCAUCUUUCCACCACUUCGGCUAGGCAGCCUCUUGAGGUUGUCUCUGCCCAGAAUGGCAGGGAAGUCUACAGCCUUGGUCUACUGUGCUCCAAAAGGGCAGGAAAGACUCACGGUGGUGAAGGUUGAAGAGGAAAACUGUGUUUGGGGGCAGGACUUUGACUGUCAGGGAAAUGCCUGUAGCCAGGAGGGCUUCCGCCAGCGGUUCAGGCAGUUUGGCUACUCUGACUCCGCGGGGCCCCGGGAGGCGCUGGGCCGACUCCGUGAGCUUUGCUGUCAGUGGCUGAGGCCCGAGGUCCUCAGCAAGGAGCAGAUCCUGGAGCUGCUGGUGCUGGAGCAGUUCCUGGCCAUCCUGCCUGAGGAGCUGCAGGGCUUGUUCCGAGAGAACCGACCAGAGAGUGGAGAGGACGCCGUGGAGAUGUUGGAGGAGCUGGAGAAGGAGCUCGAUGAGCCAAGACAACAGGACACAGCUCAUGGCCAGGGAAUGACCUGGAAGGAAAUGACAUCUGUGGGAGCACUGAAGUCACUGAGUAUCCAGCUCCAGCCCUUGGAAAAGCGAGGCAAGAAUGAGACUCAGGAGUGCCAGGCUUUCUGUGAGAGAGAUGGCAAGCUGGUGGCUGACAGAGUAUUGACAGCAAAGCAAGAAAUUAUUGAAUGUGUUGCAUCAGCAACCACAAUACCUCCAAGACGACUCCCUGGGGAAACUCCUUCAGGACAAAUACUUGAAGAAGCUUUAGGAGGUCUGGACAAUUUUGAGAAGCUGAAAGGAAGUGCUUCUGGGAACAAACUGAGUCAGUUCCCUUCCCAGGAAAAACAUUUUAGCCUGGCAAGCUUCACCAAGAAAAUCUCCACAGAAAAGAGUUUCCUGGAAUGUAAUGAAAGUAUAGGAAGUCUCAGCCUGAACUCAAAUGCUAUAACACAACCGAGAAUUCUUGCUGGGGGUAAGCUCUAUGAGUGCUUGGACUGCGGGAAAGCCUUUUGCCAGAGCUCAAAGCUGAUCAGACAUCAGAGAAUUCAUACUGGAGAGAGACCUUAUGUAUGUCAAGAUUGUAGCAAAGCCUUUACUCUGAGCUCAGACCUUGUUAGACAUCGGAGAAUUCAUAGUGGUGAAAAACCCUAUGGAUGUUGUGAAUGUGGAAAAGCCUUCAGGGGCAGCUCAGAGCUUAUCCGGCAUCGGAGAAUUCACACUGGAGAGAAGCCUUAUGGAUGUGGUGAAUGUGGGAGAGCUUUCAGCCGGAGCUCAGCCCUUAUUCAGCAUAAGAAAAUUCACACUGGAGACAAAGGCUAUGAAUGUACUGAAUGUGGUAAGGCUUUCGGUAGAAGCUCUAUCCUUAUUGAACAUCAGCGAAUUCACACUGGAGAGAAACCUUAUGAAUGUAAUGCAUGUGGAAAAUCCUUCAAUCAAAGCUCAGCCCUCACCCAGCAUCAGAGGAUCCACACUGGGGAAAAGCCUUAUGAAUGCAGUGAGUGUAGGAAGACCUUUAGGCAUAGAUCAGGCCUCAUGCAGCAUCAGAGAACUCACACCAGAGUGUAACUCUUUGGGUAAGAGCUGUACAAUUGUGAAAUGCUAGGAACUCACUUUGGGGGUGAGACUCCGCAGAAGUUAAAGGUUUUCUGAGAGCAGAACUCUUGUCCUUCCAGUGCAAUGGACUGUUGUAAGAGUAGAUCCACAGAAGGAUGUUUGCUGACGUGUCGAAUGGGCACCUUCGCAGUAAAUCUGGGGUUAGGGAAGAGAUCCUGAGAGAGCUCCUUAUAAGAUGGUCUAGGAGGCGAUGCCUCCAAUGGCAAG